AUGUCUCUAGGACCGUUUAGGACCGUGCCAAGGCUUGUACGGUUGUUUGCUACGCAACCAUCAAAAACUGUCAGCGUGCUUGGCAAAGAUUAUGAGAUAUCGGAUACUCAAACAAAUGUGACCCCAAAAAUCAUUUCGCUUACUUCUAGAUCACUUCAUUUGAAUAAUUCGCAUCCCAUUGGUAUUCUAAGGAAGAUAAUUGAGUCAAGACUGAAUUCUGUCGAUAAUGCGUACGAUAUAUAUGCAGACUUCAAACCAGUGGUGACAGUUGAGGAAAACUUUGAUUCACUGGGUUUCUCUGAAGAUCACCCAGGACGCUCGAAGUCUGAUACUUACUAUAUUAACGACAAGUAUUUACUCAGGACUCACACUUCAGCCCAUGAGAAAGAAUGCUUUUCGAAUAUGAAGAACGGUAUCACUAAGAAGCAGGGUUUCUUACUGUCAGCCGACGUUUACCGGCGCGAUGAGAUUGAUAGAACCCAUUAUCCUGCAUUUCACCAGAUGGAAGGUGCACGUGUAUGGCAGCGGGAUCAAGCUGUUGCUACAGGUGAAGUUCCCGCUCAUAUUCAACAACUAAAGGAAGAUAUUGUGAUGGUGGAAAAACAUCUCGAACAGCAAAAGACAAAGAUCGUGGUCCAAGAUGACAACUCUUUGGAUGGUAACCCCAAGCAAGAUUAUAUGACCGAUCUAGAAGUGGAACUUUGCUCGCGCCAUUUGAAAAGAAGUGUCGAGCUGGUCGUAUCUGAGGUUUUCAACAAGGCAUUGUCUACCGAAGAGGCUUCAGAGCUAAAAGUACGAUGGAUCAAGGCCUAUUUCCCCUGGACCGCACCCUCUUGGGAAAUUGAGGUCUGGUGGAAAGGCGAGUGGCUUGAGUUGUGUGGCUGUGGCCUUGUUCGUGAACAAGUGUACAUAAAUUCCGGCAAUAAGCCUGGUACCAAUAUCGGAUGGGCAUUCGGCCUAGGCUUGGACCGUAUAGCAAUGCUACUCUUUGGAAUCCCAGAUAUUAGGCUUUUCUGGAGUAAUGACGAGCGGUUCUUGCAACAAUUCAAAGCUGGCCAAAUUAAAACAUUCAAGCCAUACUCAAAAUAUCCCGGCUCUAUUAGAGAUAUUGCCUUUUGGGUCCCAGACAAUGCUUUUAGUAUUCACGAAAACGACUUGAUGGAAAUCGUUCGUGAUUUAGCUGGAGACUUGGUCGAGAGUGUAAAGCUUGUUGACAAGUUUAUUCAUCCUAAAACCAAGAAGACUUCAUUAUGCUAUCGUAUAAACUAUCAAUCUAUGGACAGAAACCUCACAAGCAGCGAAAUAAACAAAAUUCAAGAAGAGGUCGCUAAAGAAUUAGUUGAGAAGUACGAUGUAGAGUUGAGGUAA